AUGCAAGCCUUUACAAGCAUAAGGAAUAUUAUUUUUAUAAUAAGUGGCGGUGUUUUAACGUUCGUAAUUUUGUUUAUUUUCGCGAAGAGGCAAAUCACCAGAUUUGCUUUAAGAUCUCGAAGAGGACCUCAUGUACCUAUUGGCACCGAUGCAAAGAAAAGUCUAAAAAAAGAGAUUGAGCGGCGUAUAGAAGCAGUCCCAAGGAUAGUUUAUGAGCCACGUCUUUUGAGCGCCGAACCGUCUCAUUAUAUUUUGGAACCACAACAACCUUACCACUACCGCUUUAGAGCGGUUGACGAUGUUAAAACUUUAGAAGAGGAGAUCAGCCGGCAGGAGCCAGGUUUGCGACGUCGUCCUCGCGAAUCUCUGCGCUCGUUUUUGCUGUCUUCUCUGGCGGCUCCGCUGGACGGGCGCGGCCAGAAGCUGGUGCACCAGUUCUGCGACACGUACGAGUGCGCGCGCCACCACCCCGCAGACUUCGGAGAGGACGAGUACAGGGCGUAUUCCCGCCUGCUGCUCAAGCUGCUGGAUGCCGCGCGAUUGCUGAAGAGUGUAGGUGCGUGCAGCCGCGGCUCAGCUCGCGACAGCCCACAGCGGCGGCCUGCGCGCCUGCUGGACGCCGCGCGCCUGCGGCCCGCCGCCUUAGCAGCCCUGCCCGCGCUACCCGGCGCCAACAAGCUGCCAGCCGUGCUGCAAAACCAGUAUACGGCGCUCGAGAACAUGCCGAUAGAGUCCAAAGUGGAGGACGAAAUAAUCCGCGUCCCAGUGAAGAGUCCCACGGAAGUCCAAGUGAAGGGUCCGGCAGACGAGACGUCCGUCUGA